ACGGGAUUGGUGGAGGUUGCGCCUACGCACUCGCUAAUUUAUGUCGAAUCGUCAACUAUUACAAUUUAUAAGGUUAUAUUAUAGCAUUUCACUUAUCUGUUUUAAAUAUUUGUUAUUUAAUAAUAUUACACAAUUUUUAACUGUGUAAUAUUAUUUUAUAAUUUACCGUAAUGGAUGCUCGAAGACGAGAUCGAGAACAAAUCGGUUUAUGUGGCGUUGACAGAGUUUGGGGUAAAUCACCUACACGAAUAGAAGAUUCUGACGAAGAAGAUGAAAUCAAAAAAUAUAAGGACGACAUACUCCCAAAAGAUAGAAAAAGAAAAUUAAAGGACAAGCAAAAGAAAAGCAAAAAGUUAAAAAAAGAGAAAAAAGCUAAGAAAGAAAAGAAGCAUAAACGUAAGAAAAAAAGAAAAGUCUCAGAUAGCAGUUCUGCAAGUGAUUCUGAAGAAAGUUUAGAAUGGGUAGAGAAGACAAUAGAAAAUAGUAAAGCAGAAACUAAGAAAGGAUCUAGUUCUGAUGAAAGUGGAAAUGAAGGUUUAGUUGGACCAAUGAAACCGAAACAACAACAUGUUGCUUUGUCUGCAAAAGAUUUUGGAAAAGCCUUGUUACCUGGAGAAGGUGCUGCAAUGGCAGCAUAUGUCGCAGAAGGUAAACGUAUACCUAGGAGAGGUGAGAUUGGUCUUACCUCUGAAGAGAUUGCAUCAUAUGAAUCUGUUGGCUAUGUCAUGAGUGGUAGCAGACAUCGACGUAUGGAGGCAGUCCGUAUUCGUAAAGAAAACCAAAUCUAUUCUGCUGAUGAAAAAAGAGCAUUGGCAAUGUUCAGCAAAGAAGAAAGACAGAAAAGAGAGAACCUUAUAUUACGACAAUUCAAAGAAAUGGUUAAUCAAAAACUUGCACAAGAACAAAAAAAUAAGUAAUUUGUUACUAUUUUUAAACAUUGCAGAUAAAACUAUUAAAAAUAUUUAUAUUACACAACUUGUGCUAGACAAUAUUCAUGUAUUAUAUAA